AUGGAUAAAUUGCCGAAAACCGUCGCCCCGGAACUACCUUCGCUCGAGGCAAUGUUCAGCUCGUUCGCAAAGUAUCGCCCGGCGCUUAACUCUUUCCAAGGUGACGGUCAAAGGAUUCUGCUGUCGCAAAGUGACGCGUGGAUGCAACAAGCUUUGCUGCUCGGAAAGGAGCGGCCUUUCACGCUAACCGAGACCGGGGUUCUCUUCUUUUCGUUCAGCAAAUCGAGUCUGGAUUUCGAUGAAUUCCAACAGUUUCUGGAAAAGUUAUGUGACAGCAAGAACAUUGAUGUGGAGAAAGUAAAACUAAGUCUAGUGAGUUGUGGCCCUCCAGGCAUUGUUUCCUGA